AUGGGAUGCAGCAAUUCAACGGCAGACAAGCCGAAAUUGACAGUUGAACAGAAACGCCUGAUUAUCGAUUCGUGGAAAGAAUUACACAUCGAUCUCGAAAGAAUAGGAAUGCUCAUGUUCAUGGGAAUGUUCGGUACGCACCCGCAAACAAGAGAAUUCUUCAAUUUUCGUGGCACGUCAGAUGAUCCCAAGAAUACUCAACGACUCCGAGAACAUGGACUUCGAUUUAUGAGUUUGGUGAAAAAGAUUUUGGUUUUUAUCGACGAGAAACCUCGUCUCGACGCAAUGCUAUUAGAUCUUGGGAGACGACAUCAGGAAUACAAAGCUGACUUCAAUCUUAUUGAUGUUUUUGGAGAGCAAUUCAUUCUUUCUGUCAGGCCCACACUAAAGCACAGCUGGAAUCCAGACGUAGAGUCCGCAUGGGCACAAUUAUUCAAAUACAUUUCCUAUAUGAUGAAAAAAGGCAUGAUGCAAACCGAUAAAAAUAAGUAA